AUGUCAAGUUUGACUAGACCAAAUGGGAUUGAUAAUACAGGUGAAGAAGGUUUCAAAAAGAGGCAAAUGGGACCCAAUAAUAGCACCAUUGUCGUGUCUGUUAGAAGGCAAUUCCUGACAAAAACACACUUGAUCUGGAAAAAAUCGCAAGCAGUUUUAUCUCGAGUAUUUGAAUGUUUAAUGACUAUAAAUGUCCAAGUUAUAGGUGAGGGUCAACGAACCACUUUCAUGAUAAGAAACAUUCCAAAUAAUUAUAAUCAGCGGAUGUUGCUUGAGACUCUUGACGAGACUCAUAAUAGUCAAUAUGACUUUUUCUAUUUAACUCCCUUCCUUAUAAUCUAUAAUAAUUCCCUGUUUCAAAAAGAUAGUGCUGUCUUGUCCUUCGCAAAACUCGGUUUGGAAAGAGGUGGAGUAAGUUCAACUCCGAGAUAUUCAAGGCAAGAAAGCUUGGUCGAAAAAUUUCGGAACAGCAGUGUCAUGGGUGAGCUGCCUGAAUACCACCCAAAAAUUUUCUUCUCUUCUGGUGCGUUGUGCAACCAGAAACAACCGUCUCCCGAGCCAAAAAAAACCAUCAAAAGAAAGUAG